UUCUCACCCUCCAUUUUCCCACUUCCUUUCUGGGGUCCCUUCCUUCUUUGCUAUCCCCAUUCAUUUUCUCUAUCCACACUUUUGUUUGUUGUUGAACCCUCUCUCUCUCUCUCCCUCUCUCUCCCACCUUGUCUCUCUCUUUCUCUCUCUCUGGCCAACACCUCCUUGGGCCUUCUCCCUUGGCCCCAUUGACACAUUCAGGGAAGAUGAUGCUCCAAGGAUCGGUUAGCAUUAGCGGCCGGGAGAUAGAGACCGUGCUUUCUUUCAGAUCUCCUACACCAGAUAAGCAAAAUGACUUGUUUGGUAAAUCAGUGAGCACAAAGAGUAGAGACAAAUCUAGUAACUUGUUGGAGAAGAACUUCUAUUCACCAUCGCAAGAGCCACGUAGUUCUUGGGACCAAGCUGCACUGAAGUUGCAGAAAGUUUACAAAAGUUUUAGGACUAGGAGAAAACUUGCAGAUUGUGCAGUUCUUGCAGAGCAGAGAUGGUUAGUUUCAACACAUGUACCUGGGUGGAAGGCUUUGGAUUUCGCUGAACUGAAGCGCAGUUCGAUAUCAUUUUUUGACAUUGAGAAACCGGAGACUGCUGUUUCACGUUGGUCAAGGGCAAAAAAGAGAGCUGCCAAGGUUGGAAAGGGUCUAUCUAAGGAUGUGAAGGCUCGAAAACUUGCCUUGCAGCACUGGCUAGAAGCAAUUGACCCCCGGCAUCGGUAUGGUCACAAUCUUCAAUUUUAUUAUGUCAACUGGCUUCGCUGUGACAGCUAUCAACCUUUCUUCUAUUGGCUUGAUAUUGGGGAUGGCAAGGAAGUUAAUUCUGAGAGAUGUCCUAGGUCAAAACUUCAGCAGCAGUGCAUCAAGUAUCUGGGUCCAGUGGAGAGAAAGCAAUAUGAAGUAGUUAUUGAGAAUGGGAGGCUCUGGUACAAGGAAAGCGGGAAACCUGUUGAAACAGCAGGAGAUGCAAAAUGGAUUUUUGUACUUAGCACAUCCAAGACUCUUUAUAUUGGGCAGAAGAACAAGGGCACAUUUCAACAUUCAAGCUUCCUAGCAGGGGGAGCCACAUUGUCUGCUGGUAGAUUAGUGGUGGAGAACGGUGUUCUUAAGGCUGUUUGGCCUCACAGUGGCCAUUAUCUCCCAACAGAAGAAAAUUUUGAGGAAUUUGUGUCAUUCCUUGUGGAGAACAAUGUGGAUCUUACAGAUGUUAAGAAAAAUCCAGAUGAAGAAGAAGACACAGUCAGAAUGAACCAGGAUUUAUUCCUAAGCAAUCUUUUAGAGGCCAUGGAACCUCCAAGCACUGAAACUGAAAGUUCCAACGCAUUAGCCGAAAAUCUGCCUGACUUGAAAAAUGAGGAUUCUAAUGCUGAUUCAAACCAUCAACAACCCUUGUCAAGAUUGUCAGAACGACUAGGAUCGAAAAUAGCUAAACUUGAGAUACCAAAAAGAGCUGCAGUGUACAACAUUUUUGGAGAGCAAGAAAACGGACCACUCACCGUGUUCUAUUCUCCAGCUGCAGUAUCAGACUCUGGCUACGAGACAGCAGAAGAAUCAUUUAUAAAUGAGGAGGAGUUCAUGGUUUCCAAAUCAAACAUGUUUGUUGAAAAUGAAAAUCAAGAAAAUGAGAAUGCUAUUCCAAAGGAUAAGAUCUUGAAGAGAAUAGACUCACACAAGGGAAGGAAAUCAUAUCAAUUGGCCGAUCAAUUGGCUACAAAAUGGACAACAGGAGCAGGCCCUCGAAUUGGUUGCAUGAGAGACUACCCUCUAGAGCUUCAGAACAUCAUUCUGGAGCAGCAGAACUUGUCUCCAAGGACAAGAUCAGCAGCUCCAUCGUCGCGGAUAUCGGCAUUGUCUCGCUUCAGCCCUCAUGUUGCUUUUCCACCACCCCCUUUGGCCUAUUUUCCAACUGCAUGAAGGCAGCCAGUGUAUAAACUCAUAAUACAUAUAGAGUCUGAUUGGAUACAAUCCAGAAGGACUUAUGAGAGUUUUUCUACCGAAAAUAAAGAGUAUUUUUCGAUAGACAAACUCUUAAAAGUCCUUCAAGACUUAUAUACUAGCAUACAUAUAGGAUGAAGUGGCUGUUAAGGGGUGUCACUUCUGUUCACAAGAAUGACAUAGGAGUUCUUUUGGCAAUGCUUUUGGUGCCAUUCUUUAAGGCCAUAUAGAUUUUGUAGGUAUGUUAAUGUGAUGGAUGAGGAACGAAAGAACUUUGUAUGUUCUAGUUCCAGAUGAGGAGAGAAUCUGAUUAGAUUCUUCCAUCCAAUCUAGAUUGAGACAAUAGCAACUUGCAAAUCAUACAGCAGAUUUCUCUGGGGAUUGCUGACCACAUUUGUGGUAUGUAUCCUUCAAAGUGUAUACUAUAUUUAUCUUAUA